UCAAGUCCAGUAACGCGGAUGCAAUGCUCGGCCACCCGCUGCAAGUUCCCGAGGCUGUCCACCAAGUUCUGCAAUCAGCGCCUGCAGCGCUGCAAGCAGUCGGGGGGAUGGCUGGAGGCUUUGCGCCAGCUGCGCCUGAAGGGCCGGGUGUAAGCAGAUGUGGUGUCCUACAACACCGUGAUCACCGUGCGCGAAGGUCUGACUCGCGGAUCUGCGAAGAUCACCUGCUGACCUUUGCUCGUCAAGGCUUGCGCACUUUGUGCCUGGCAGAGCGGAUGCUUACCGAGGAGGAGUAUCAGGACUGGUGCAAACGGUACUCGGCUGCGAAGGCACUGAUCACAGAGGACAAAGCGGACAAGAUCCACGAGUUGUGCAUCGAGAUCGAGACGAGCCGGCCCUGCAGAUUGCUGGGAGCCACUGCCAUUGACGACAAGCUGCAGGAUGAGGUGCCCGAGACCAUCGAGCAGCUGAGAUUGGCAGGCGUGCGAGUCUGGGUGCUCACCGGUGACAAGGUGGACACGGCCAUCAGUAUCGCCAUGUCCUGCAAACUUCUCACCGAAGCUAUGGACAACUUUGUCAUCGACAACAACACCGAGGACCAGCUCACUGACAUCCUGAAUGCUGCGCUGGAAGCCGAGAAUCCGGCUUUGACAAUUGCAGGUUCGAGGCUGGCCGAAGCCAUGGAAUGCCCCGAAAGCCGCGCGCAGCUGUUCCGAGUGGGACAGCGCUGCAGGUCAGUGGUGUGCUGCCGCGUGUCGCCAAAGCAGAAGGCGGAUGUCGUAGAUUUGGUCAAGACCAUGGACAAUUCUGCGGUGACUCUUUCAAUUGGCGACGGCGCCAACGACGUUUCCAUGAUCGUGGCUGCCCAUGUUGGAGUGGGCCUCAGCGGAAAGGAAGGCGCGCAAGCCGCCUACGCAGCGGACUUUGCGCUCCCAGAGUUCCGGUUACUCAGGCGAAGCGUCUUCGGCCACGGCCGGGAGGUGAACGUGUUGAUCACCAUUUUGGCCGCAGCUGGGAAUGCCUUCUCCGGCGCCAAUGUAGUGAACCCCUGGUUGAUGCAAUGCUUCAACAUUGUGCACUGCCACACGCCGAUCAUCAUCUAUGGCAUGUACGACAGGUCCUCGGAUCUGAGCGACUUGGAGCGGGAUCCGAACGGUCAUUCCCCCCACUUGUUCGGCUUUGACAUUCAGCUGAUGUGGAUGCUCACCGCUUUGCUGCAAGCGAUCAUUGUCACCGGCGGAUGGUCCACCAUCGGGGGCAUGGCAGGCAGUAGCGGCCCAGAUCUGUCGCACACGAGCCUUCUGGGGAAUCUGUGUUUCGCUUCCAUCGUCCUUUGCGUCAACGUGGUGCUGAUGUUCCGUCAGAACAGCUGGCCAAAGAGCAUCAUCGCCUGCUACGUGGGCAAUGGCAUUGGUCUGGUGGUGACGAUGAUGAUCUGUGUGCCGAGUUUAUCUCAGGUCCUUACCGGCGGCAACUGGAUUCGGGUCGGUUUGACCAUGCUCGUCAUCCUAGCUCUGACCACAGCUGUGGGUGAGAUCAUCGUCUUUGCCACAGAGGUACUGUUUUCACAGGAUCCGAUCGCAGAGCCAAGGCCGGAAGAUUUCGCUGGCAGCGUGGUCUCCAGCGCCUCGCAACCCCUGCGCCCGCUGCCCGAACCGCUGGAGCGGAAGCGCCGCAUGUCCUUGGGCUACGCCUUCUCAGAGGAGUGCUGCUUGGAGCGGGAGCGAGACAGCUGGAGCUUCAAGAGCCGGGGUAGUUGCCUCGCAGGGCCAAAGUUGUCCUUGUCUCAUAUAUCUCAUAUGUCGGAAUCUUCCCGCGAGCCGCAGAACAUUGAGCUGAGCAGCCUCCAAGCUGCUUAGUUCCGUGAAAACCGUUCCGUCUCACCACCCCAUUAUCUUAGGGCUUUCACCCGGCACCCCGGGGGAAAUUGCCAACAGGG